AUGAAUGGAACAUCAUGGAGAUGGCAGUGGUCCUCAGGAGAAGGAGACACAGGGUACACCAACUGGUAUAAGGAUGCAACGUACAACCAGAAUAAUGGCAAUUACUGUGUUGGGAUAAAAGACAACGCUCCCACCUGUAAAGAUGGAAUAAAUGCUACCUGGAACUUCACCUUGAUUAACCAACAUCUGAAUUGGUCUGGUGCUCAGAACUACUGCAGAUCCAAUUAUACAGACCUGGCCACUGUGAGGAAUAAAGAAGAUAAUGACUUGAUAAAUAAUAUGGUUAAACAUGACAAUUGGGCAUGGAUUGGCCUGUUCCAGGACACAUGGGGAUGGUCAGACCUGUCAAACUCCUCAUUCCGUAACUGGAAAACUGGUCUAAAUGAUAAUGUGGGCGACAAAUGUGCUUUAGCUCAGGUCACCUGGCCUGGGACAUGGGAUGUGACUCCAUGUGCUGAAAAGCAUCCAUUCAUAUGCUAUGAUGAUAACCUGAUCUUGGUAAAUAGUAACAUGACCUGGAAUGAAGCCCUGAAUUACUGCAGAACGCACUAUUCGGACCUGGUGUCUGUCGACAAUGAGGAGAUCCAGUACUGGGUCAGUAGGAGAGCUGAGAAGGCCUCCACUCAUCAUGUCUGGCUGGGGCUGCGCUUCUCCUGCUACCUGAACUUCUGGUUCUGGGUCAGUGCAGAAAAUGUCUGCUACCAGAACUGGGCCCCAAACAACAUAUCCAACGGUAACUUGUGUGGAACCACAGGGGCAGUACAAUCUAAAGACCCACAUUACUGGGUCAGCCUGCCUGAGUAUGAGACACUCAACUUCAUUUGCUCCAAAUGUCCAAGUUAGGCUGAUCCAUGAACACAGUAGCUGCAGAACUGUCAAAAUGUAUAAAUGUGGAGCUUUAUUCACUUUUGUUAUGUGUUUAUACUGUAGAAGUAGGAUUGAAACCCCUUCUCUUGAUCUUCACCACUCCAGAUUUAGAAUGAUAUACUGUAUGAGUAGAAGACUGAUUUAGUGUUUUUAUUGAA